UUAUCUUUCUCGUUACCCGAUCAAAAAUCCCAAACUCUCACACACAUUCUCUUCAUUGGGACUCAAAUUCUUCUUUCUUUCUUUUUUCGUGUUUUUUUUUUCGAACUCCAACUAUUUAUCUUUAUGAGUCGCUUCGUUCCUAUCCAUUGAUGUCUGCUUCUUUGUAAUGGAGAUUGCUUCAUUUUUGAAGCUUUUGAGUGAAACUGAUGGUUUUGGAUUUGGGAUCUUCGUUUUUGGUUGCUCCUCUCAGUUUUUCAAUCUCGUCUUUCUCUGUUGUUUGCUUCUUUUGGGACUCAAGUUUCUAUUUUUCAAAGGCACUUCAUUGUUUGUGCGGUAUUUAGAGAAGAUCUAUCGAAUUUCUCCGAACAUUGAGUGUUUCAGUUCCUUCAAUCGAGAACGUAAGGAUUGCAACAACAACAACAAUGGGUUCGUUUCAAAAUCUAAUUUGGUUGAUGGAUUGGAUCAAAAGAAACCCAUCAUUUUACACUGGAGUUCUGAUUCUACUAAUGGAUUGAGCUGUGAGAACUGUGAUCUUCUUCUUCUACGUGAUGGGCUUGAUCACAUCAAGAACAGAGACAGUACUGCUGCGUUAUCAGAGACAGAGUUCGACAAGAAGAAUCAUCAUGGCGAAGAAGAGGAAAGCAAGGACGAAGAAGAAUCACAGUCUCGGAGUGAUGAAGAUCAAGUGUUCGACGUUAUUACUCUGAGAAAAAUGGUGAAGAGAGAGAGGCAACGUGGAGAUUGUAUGAAGAAAGAACUGGAGAUGGAGAGAAGAGCAACUGAAUCAGCUGCUGAAGAAGCCAUGGCUAUGCUACUGAAGCUACGGAUGGAGAAGAGCGUUGUGGAGAUGGAGGCAAAGCAAUACAAGAGAGUCGCGGAACAGAAGCAAGUCGUUCACGCUCGUCCCGUUGUCCUCGUCCUCUCAAAUGACGAUCUCAAUAGCGGCGGCGAUGAUAACGGAGUCGGAGAGUCCUCUGACUUCGAUGAGUUUGGGGAAUCCGAACCUAAGUCCGAAGAGGAGCUUGAUCCCGGUUCAUGGCGAUCGAUCUUCGAGCCAGAUGACUCCACAGUCCAAGCCGCGUCGCCGCAGUACUACUCCGGCCUCAAAAAGAUUCUAUCUGCAGCGAGUGAGGGAAAUUUCAGGUUGAUGGAGGAAGCAGUGGACGAGAUAGAGGCUGCUUCUUCAGCUGGAGAUCCACACGCGCAGUCGAUAAUGGGCUUCGUUUACGGGAUUGGAAUGAUGCGAGAGAAGAGCAAAAGCAAGUCGUUUCUUCACCAUAAUUUUGCAGCUGGUGGUGGGAAUAUGCAGUCGAAGAUGGCACUUGCGUUCACGUAUUUGCGUCAAGAUAUGCAUGAUAAAGCUGUGCAAUUAUAUGCUGAAUUAGCAGAGACGGCUGUCAAUAGUUUUCUGAUCUCAAAGGAUUCUCCGGUGGUUGAACCGACUAGAAUUCAUAGCGGAACUGAAGAAAACAAAGGUGCUCUAAGGAAAUCCCGUGGCGAGGAGGAUGAAGAUUUCCAGAUAUUGGAAUAUCAGGCACAGAAAGGGAAUGCUAAUGCCAUGUACAAAAUUGGACUGUUCUACUACUUUGGCCUGCGAGGAUUAAGGCGUGAUCACACCAAGGCAUUGCACUGGUUUUUGAAAGCAGUAGAUAAAGGAGAGCCGAGGUCAAUGGAACUUCUGGGGGAGAUAUAUGCUCGAGGAGCUGGUGUUGAAAGAAAUUAUACCAAGGCACUUGAAUGGCUUACACUUGCUGCAAAAGAAGGUCUCUAUUCAGCAUUUAAUGGAAUUGGCUACUUGUAUGUCAAAGGCUACGGAGUAGAUAAGAAAAAUUACACUAAGGCAAGAGAAUAUUUUGAGAAGGCUGUUGACAAUGAAGACCCCAGUGGGCAUUAUAACCUUGGAGUUUUGUAUCUUAAAGGCAUCGGAGUCAAAAGGGAUGUGAGGCAGGCAACAAAAUACUUCUUUGUUGCUGCAAAUGCUGGUCAACCAAAGGCUUUCUAUCAACUCGCCAAGAUGUUCCAUACUGGAGUUGGGCUUAAGAAGAACCUGGAAAUGGCGACUUCAUUUUAUAAGUUAGUAGCAGAAAGGGGACCGUGGAGUUCUCUCUCUAGAUGGGCUCUUGAAGCUUACUUAAAAGGUGAUGUGGGUAAGGCUUUGAUCUUGUACUCAAGAAUGGCAGAGAUGGGUUAUGAAGUAGCACAAAGUAACGCUGCCUGGAUCCUCGAUAAAUACGGGGAAAGAAGCAUGUGCAUGGGAGUAUCUGGAUUUUGCACAGACAAAGAGAGACAUGAGCGGGCACAUUCUUUGUGGUGGCGGGCCUCUGAACAAGGCAAUGAACAUGCUGCUCUGCUCAUUGGAGAUGCAUAUUACUAUGGCCGGGGAACCGAGAGAGAUUUUGUGCGUGCGGCAGAAGCAUACAUGCAUGCUAAAUCACAGUCAAACGCGCAAGCAAUGUUCAACCUCGGUUACAUGCAUGAACAUGGACAAGGACUUCCCUUUGAUCUCCAUUUAGCAAAACGUUACUAUGAUCAAGCCCUUCAGAGCGAUGCAGCCGCCAGAUUGCCUGUCACACUUGCUCUCGCUAGCUUAUGGCUCCGUAGAAACUAUGCUGAUACCGUCCUGGUGAGAGUUGUGGAUUCAUUACCAGAAGUGUAUCCGAAGGUAGAGACUUGGAUAGAGAAUGUGGUGUUUGAAGAAGGUAAUGCAACGAUACUUACACUCUUUGUCUGUCUCAUUACAAUUCUCUAUCUCCGGGAAAGACAACGUAGACAAGUCGUCGUUGUUGCCGAUCCAGUGGCAGCUGACGUGGCACAACCCCUCGACGCUGACGUGGCCCAACACCUCGCUGCGUUCCCACGAGCUCCAUCAAUGGCUUCAAUCAACCUCUUCCUCUUUGCUCUCCUUCUUCUCCUCUCUCACGCUUCAGCUUCAACGGUAAUCUUCUACAACAAAUGCAAACACCCAGUGUGGCCAGGUAUCCAACCCAGCGCCGGCCAAAACUUACUCGCCGGCGGUGGUUUUAAGCUCUCGGCUAACAAAGCCCACUCUCUUCAACUCCCACCACUCUGGUCCGGCCGUUUCUGGGGUCGCCACGGCUGCACCUUCGACAGAUCUGGCCGUGGUCACUGCGCCACCGGCGAUUGCGGCGGUUCUCUCUCCUGCAACGGUGCCGGUGGUGAACCUCCGGCCACUCUCGCCGAAAUCACUCUUGGCCCUGAGCUAGACUUCUAUGACGUCAGCCUCGUGGACGGUUAUAACCUGGCGAUGUCGAUUAUGCCGGUUAAAGGUUCAGGUCAAUGUAGCUACGCCGGUUGUGUAAGCGACCUAAACCGGAUGUGUCCGGUUGGGUUACAAGUCCGGUCACGUAACGGGAAACAUGUAGUAGCCUGUAAAAGUGCUUGCUCUGCCUUCAAUUCACCACAAUACUGUUGCACCGGCUUGUUCGGUAACCCACAGUCUUGCAAACCAACGGCUUACUCCAAAAUCUUCAAAGUCGCUUGCCCUAAAGCUUACUCAUACGCUUACGAUGACCCAACCAGUAUCGCCACUUGUUCCAAGGCUAACUACAUCGUCACCUUUUGCCCUCACCAUCGCCAUUAAAUUAACCAGUAACGAAGAAGAAACAUUGCUCUGCUAGCAAAAAAAUCUUGUUAUGUUUCGAAAUCUUGAGUUUGUAUCUCUACUUUUGUAACACUCCUAUUAUCAAUAUCAAUGGAACUCAACCAACUUAGUGACGUGUCUUGUGAGUGUAAAUCUCCAAAUUUUAAAUCCUUUUAUGUUCAGUGGCUUUAUGUAUGUACUAACCAAAAACUUCCAUGGAAAGUCUAAUAGAAAAUGUAGUAAAAUUGUUUUUAGAUA